GUUUUGUUCCGACUUGAACUGGGCCUAGCCCACCGAACAGCGUUUUAAGAAGACAGCAUUACAAACCACCCACCGCUGUACGUGGGUUGUACAGACACGAACUCCAGGCGCAUUGCUGACAUCGGUCCCCACUGGGAACCCCCGGCAGUCAGACUGAGGACAGGCGUGGCAGUGGGCUGGUCCAGCCGCAGACUGCGAUGAGAAGCAUCAGGGGUCCGUUGACUUGGAAUCAGCUGAGGCCCUGAAAUAGUCUGACAAAGGAAGCGCGGUGUCGCAGCCCAAGUCCGUCACGCCGGUGAUCAACCACGUCUGCCUGUUCUGGGCACAGCUCCGGGGCUGUGGGUGUGCCGCACCCGCACACAGGACACGCUCCCUGGGAUGCGCUGAGUUCUCAACACCCAAAACCUGGAUGUAAGACACCCUCACGUAACAGACGAAGAUGAGCAAGUCCCCCACCCCCAAGAGCACCCCGGUGCAGCGCAGCCCCAGUGAUGGGGUCCCUGAGGACCUCCAGUCUCCUCUGCAUUCCACACCUGGGUCAGGACCCCCGCAUAAGAAACGGAUCUCCAGCCUCCUUCAGAGUCCAUCAUUCAGGGAGGAGUUGGAUGUGAUGAUCCAGGAGCAGAUGAAGAAAGGUGGCAGCUCUUCCAACCUAUGGGCACUGAGACAGCUCGCCGACUUCAUGGCCUCACAUGGCUCUCCAGCUGCUCUGCCAGUCUCCCCUUCCAACAUGAUGAUGGUGACACCCAUCAACGACCUGCAUGGUUGGGAGCCGGGCAGCAUGGUGAAGGGGGAGAGGCUGAUGCGCUGCAAGCUGGCCAGCACCCAUCGCCUGUUUGACCUCUACGGCUGGGCCCAGAUCAGCCACACCCGUCUCACUCUACGUGUCAGUAAAGAACAGGAACACUUCCUGGUGCUUCCAGAUGGCCUGGCUUACAGUGAAGUGACUGGAUCGAGUCUGCUGAAGGUGAAUAUCCUGGGCGAGGCAGUAGAGAAGGGCAGCACCAACCUGUGCGUGGAAGCGGAGAAGUUCAGCCUGCACUCGGCCAUCUACUCGGCCCGACCUGAUGUUCGUUGUCUUCUUCACAUCCACACACCGUCCACAGCUGCGGUUUCAUCUAUGAAGUGUGGUCUCCUGCCACUGUCCCACGAGGCUCUGCUGGUUGGUGACGUGGCCUACUUUGACUACAAUGGAGUCAUGGAGGAGGAGGAGGACAGAGUGGGGCUGCAGAAGAGCUUGGGACCCACCUGUAAGGUUCUGGUGCUGAGGAACCACGGCAUCAUGGCUCUUGGGGAGUCUGUGGAAGAGGCCUUCUACUCCAUCUACCACAUCCAGGCUGCCUGCCAGAUCCAGGUUUCAGCUUUGUGUUGUGCCGGUGGUGAACAGAACCUGAUCAUGCUGGAUCGGACCAUCCAUAAACCCAACCCGGCCGGCACCGUGGGCUGGGCUGGCUCCACCUUUGGGCCCCUGCACAAGAGUCGCGUUGGGGAACAUGAGUUUGAAGCCCUCAUGAGAACUCUGGAUAACCUGGGCUACCGUACUGGCUACGCGUACCGUUUUCCUGUGCUGCUGGAGCGAUCACGGAUGCGGAGAGAGGUGGAGGUGCCUGCGACUGCCACAGCCUUCCACCAGUUUGACGACGAUGGAGUCCACCCGGCCCUGAGGCAGAACCCUUUUGCCCAGCGCCAGCAGCAAGAGAGGACCCGAUGGCUCAACACUCCCAACACCUACCAAAAAGUCAGUCAAGAGCAAGCCAGUCCUGGGCACCAGCGCACCAAUUGGUUGAAGUCAGAAGAGAUGACACAAGCUGGCAGCACAUCCAUCAAGAUAGAGAACCCAAACCAGUUUGUGCCUCUGUUCACCAACCCUCGAGAGGUGAUUGAGACACGAAAUAAGAUCCGACAGCAGAAUCGUCAGGACAUGAAGACAGCAGGGCCACAGUCUCAAGUGCUCGCCGGCGUCAUAACAGAGGACAGUCCUCCGUCUCCAGUCAGCCCACCCGCAGUCCCAGCAGAGCCAGAACCUCCCAAUCCCUUCAACCAGCUGACGGACCAGGAGCUGGACGAGUAUCGCAAGGAAGUGCAGAGGAAACAGGAUGGAGGGACCAAUGGGGAGGAGGUGGUAAAUGACAAGGAGUCCCCCCCUGCUACCUCCCCCACAAAGGGCCCCCCGCCCAGCCAAACUCCUCUCUCAGAGGAGGAAGCGAAGACCGACUCACCAGCCAUACAGAACGGCGGUGAGGAGGAAAAGCAGACGACAGAAGAGCUGGAGAAAGGCAUGAAGGCCCUUUCAACCAAUGACACCUCCACCCCUGCUGCUCCACCGGCCAAACUGCAAGGUGGCACCCCAGAGGGUUCGCCCUCCAAGUCCCCGUCCAAGAAGAAAAAGAAGUUCAAGCCACCAUCAUUCCUGAAAAAGAGCAAGAAGCAGAAGGAGAAAGCAGAGGCCUGAGACGUACACAUACACACACACACAGACACACACACACACACACACACACACACACACACACACACACACACACACACACACACACACACACACACACACACACACACACACACACACACAGAGAGCGUACUACAGUUAUUCACUGAUUUGAUCUACUUAUUUAUUUUAAGUGUUCAUAAUAAUUUUUCACAUACUAUUUGACCUAGGUCUUGACAGACAGACUGAAACACAUGCACACAUGCACACCGCACACACUUGUCUUGUAGUUGUGAGGACACCCUAAAACCAAGUGUAAGCUCUCAAACAGCCCUUUGAAAUUAUGAGGAAAUGAGGCUAAAAUGUCCUCACAACAAUGGUUUGGAAUCAAAAUAGGUUCUCACAAGACACACACACACACACACACACACACACACACACACACACACACACACGGUGUCUGUGCAUUACUCACAUCUUAUUUUCACCUGCUGUGCGUUCAAACCAUUACUUAACUUCACUGUAUAGGAAUUCAAACAUGUUUGCUUUACAAACUAGGAUUACUACUGGGAUCCUGUGCACUUACAGCUCCGAUGUUUUUUUAUUUCCUCUCCUCACCUUUGCAAGUGGAAAUUUAAGUCCCCCAUGAAUUAUGCACCCCUUAUCUAUGUAUAGACACUUGACAUAUGCAUAUUGACAUUCUAGUAUGUUUCAUUGGUUGAUCAUCAUAGGCAUCUUCUAGUCAUACUUUCGUUCUAGUUAUCAGAUAGAUGUUGCAGGUAUACUAUGUGAGCCCAGGUGCAGUACAUGUAGAAAUUUACUGAUAGGUCCUGAUUGUGCUCUUCUGAAUGCUGGUUUUGUGUAAAAUGCUCAGCCUAUUGACAUUGUUACAGCAGGGAUUAACAUGGUAAAGGAGAGCAGGGGGAAAUAUACUGGCUCGUAAUGAAACACAAGCCGCUGUAAAUGCCACAACCACCAAAAAAUAGGAUAAAGCAUAAAUAAUUUGUUGCUUGUCAAUGCAGUUUGUAACCCAGUAAGAUGGCGAUCUGAAGGUACUAAACAUUCCACAUUUUUUCCUUGUUUUCUUUUAAAUGUAUGUGUGCAAAAUACCUCUUAACAGUAAUUAUUUUCUGUUUAAACCAGUAGCUGUUAUUAAAAUGCUGAUGUGUGAUGUUUGCCCAUGGUUUUCACUUAUUUUAUAUUAGAAAGUAUAGAUGAGUGUUGCAAGGUUAUCAUGUAUCAGUCAUUAAAGAUCAAGUUUGAUUUGAAA